AUGGGGGGCUCUCAGUCCACAAACACCCCUUUAGAGUGUAUGCUACAGCAUUUUGUCGAAGGCUUUGUUGGGAACCUUGGGGAAUAUGACCAGACCCCGGGGUUGUUGCGAAUAUUUUGUGAAUCCGAAUGGCCCACCUUCGGGGUCGGGUGGCCUCCUGAGGGGACCUUCUCAGUUGAUAUAGCACAACAGGUGCAUAGCAUAGUGGUGACCCCGCCAGGAGACCACCCAGACCAAUACUCUUAUAUUGACUCAUGGCUCAGCCUGCUCCAAAACCCUCCCCCUUGGUUGAAACAAUGCAUGAAGGCAACUAAGACCGUUCUGCUGUUAAAACCAAGGGGAAAGCCUACGAAGGGGGGGAGUAGUCGUUGUUCACGAGCAAUUGGCAAUGCAUCCCAUCAAGAUCAGUUAGAAAUGAGCAAGCGCCAGCAGCUGGUGCCAAAACCACAGCCUGAAAAACUGAAGCCGAUUUUUCUCCCUUCAGAUCAGGCCGAUUGUGAGUGGCCCCCUCCCUAUGUCCCUGCCGUGCCUCCACUGGGACCCCAGCAACAACAUGUUCCCAUGGCACCCCUUGCUGCGCCCCCGCCAAGCCCAACCCCGGCUCAAUCUGGCGCCCGCCCGGCCCUUGGCGCACCAGAGAGAACCGUUAGAACGCACCAAAUGACCACUAGGUCCCAGGUGUCGCCUGCCCUGGCUCGGGAAUUCCAGGGAUGGCCGGGGUACUCAUGGAAGGCCCCAUGGAGCCCCACUAUAUCCAGCAUUCAGGGCAGAAAAAGCCGAGAGAGAUCCAAUUCCCUUACGGGCCCCCUUGAUUUCAGCCCGGGCUGUGCAGUACGGGUAAAGACCCAGCCGGCGGAGAAUGAGGAAGUGGCCCCGCCUGAGGGCGCGGCGGCUCUGCCAUCUCCUGGCUCUCCACUGCACCCCUCUGAGGCUCAAGUGAUGCCCUUGCGGCAGAUUCAGACACCUCAGUUCUUGGGUGCGGGUGGACAGGUCCAGGGGGGAGAGAGCCGGUAUAUUUACACUCCCUUCUCCUCGGCCGACCUUCUUAACUGGAAGACCCAUGUAGCCUCCUAUACUGAAAAACCUGAAGCGCUUACCAGCCUUCUGACCAGCAUAAUGGGCACGCAUUGCCCUACCUAUCUAGAUUGCCAGCAACUCUUUUUGACCCUCUUUACAACUGAGGAGCGGCAACGUAUUUUCAGAGCCGCUAAAAAGAAAGCUGAAGAAGCCACUCCCGCCGAUGCAGCGGACCGCGCCCAGUGGCUAGCGGAGAGCUUCCCUGACGCUGACCCUAGUUGGGACCCAAAUGACACAAACCACAUGAGACUGUUAAGGGCAUAUAGAGGCUAUUUGCUGGCCGGAAUGCAGGAAGCUGCCAAAAAGGCCACCAACAUGAGUAAGAUUGCUGAGGUCCUCCAAAGACCAGACGAGGCCCCCGGAGCUUUCCUUGAGCGCCUCUACGAGGCUUACCGACUAUACUCGCCCUUUGAUCCAGAAAAAGCCGAGAAUCAGCGGAUGGUUAACUGUGCCUUUGUUAGCCAGUCGGCUGGUGACAUUAAGCGAAAGCUCCAGAAGCAAGAGGGUUUCGCAGGCAUGAACAUCAGCCAGCUGUUAGAGAUAGCCCAGAAAGUGUUUGUCAACCGGGAGCAAGAGGCUAAAAGGGCAGAAGACAAAAAGAUUAAGAUGAAAGCCGCCCUGCUCGCUGCCGCCAUAGGGGAAUGCACUGGAAAUCAGGGACCCCGAGAAGGCAGGCGAGCCCGGUCCGGACCCCGACCCCAGACCGGACCCGCAGGGCCGGGCCCCAUGCGCCCACCCUUGGCCCGCAAUGAGUGCGCCUUUUGCCGGGAAUUGGGCCAUUGGCGCGAAUCCUGCCCGAAAAGAAACCAAAUGGCCCCGCCCAGACCCUUGGUCACGAUGAAAGUAGGGGGCCAGGAACUGUCUUUUAUGAUUGACACUGGGGCUGAAUUUUCCGUAGUAAAUACACAAAUUGCACCUGUUACCAAGCAAACUGUGCCCAUUGCCGGGGCCACGGGACGCGCAGGGCCCAGACCGUUCCUACAGGAGCGAAUUUGCAACUUGGGAUCCCAUCUUGUCCAGCAUAAGUUCCUGUACGUUCCUGAGUGCCCCGUACCGUUGCUAGGGCGAGACAUCCUGUCCAAACUACGGGCAGCCAUUCACUUCGAGAAAGAUGGGCGAGCCACCGUGGCAUUCAACACUGAUCCAGCAGGAAUGUAUGUGCUGACCUGCCCCCUCGAAGAGGAAUGGAGAUUGUUCCAGAAUCCCCCGACUGCCACUUUGUCGGACGAAUGGGCUUCCAUAGUUCCAGGCGUCUGGGCCGAAGACAAUCCACCAGGCUUGGCCCGAAAUCACGCCCCAAUCACUAUUGAACUUCAACCGGGUGCCCAGCCUGUCCGCCUACGACAAUACCCCAUCCCAUGGAAAGCCAUAGAAGGCAUCCAGAAGCAUCUGGACAGACUGCUGAAGUACGGCAUCCUCAAAGAAUGCCAGAGUCCAUGGAACACUCCACUGCUGCCGGUCCAGAAGCCAGGUACCGGAGAGUUUAGGCCAUGCCAGGACCUUCGAGCAGUAAACAAGAAGACGGUCACCCUUCACCCAGUUGUGCCAAACCCUUAUGUAUUAUUGGGACUGGUGCCACAGCAAGCUGACUACUUUUCUGUCUUGGAUCUUAAAGAUGCUUUCUUCUGCCUCCGCAUUGCCCCCGCAAGCCAACCCAUUUUUGCGUUCCAGUGGCAAGAACCAGGUACUGGGAGGAAGCUUCAGUAUACGUGGACCCGACUGCCGCAGGGAUUCAAAAAUAGCCCUACUCUUUUCUCUAACGCACUGGCACAAGACUUGCAAGACUUUGAUGCGGCCCCAGGACAAUGUGUUUUGAUCCAAUAUGCAGACGAUCUGCUGAUUGCCGCGCUUGGCCAGGACCGUUGCUAUCAGGCAACCCUCGAACUUUUAGACUUGUUGUGGAAAGCCGGCUACAAGGUGUCCAGGGAAAAGGCCCAGCUGUGCCAAGCUGAAGUGAAGUAUUUGGGAUUCCAUGUCUCUCAAGGAACCCGAGCACUGGGACAUGAACGAAAAGAAGCCGUCUGCGCCCUCCCCGAACCCACCUCCAGACGUCAAGUGAGGGAGUUUCUGGGUGCAGCAGGGUUCUGCCGAGUAUGGAUCCCCAACUUCGCGCUGAUCGCCAAACCCCUCUAUGAAGCUACAAAGGGGGGAGAGAAGGAACCAUUCCUGUGGACGCCGGAACAGACGAAUGCUUUCAAAGAACUGAAGCGAUUACUGAUGGAAGCACCCGCCUUAGGGCUGCCAGACGUGGAGAAGCCCUUCACUCUCUUUGUCCAUGAGCGAAAUGGAGUGGCUAUCGGAGUUCUGACCCAAGCUUUGGGCUCUUGGCAACGACCAGUUGCCUAUCUGUCAAAGCAGCUGGACUCAGUAGCCAAAGGAUGGCCCGGCUGCCUUCGUGCCAUUGCAGCCGCGGCUGAACUCAUCAAAGAGGCCGACAAAUUGACUCUAGGGCAAGAACUCGAAGUCAAAGUACCUCAUGCUGUUCUCACCUUAAUGGACUACAAAGGAAACUAUUGGUUCACGAAUAGUCGAAUGACCAAGUAUCAAGCCAUGAUGUGUGAAAAUCCAAGACUUCGACUGACUGUUACAGGUACUCUAAAUCCUGCAUCGUUGCUCCCAAUCAGUGACCAGCCUGUCGACCACGACUGCAUCCAAACCAUGGACGAGGUAUACUCCAGCCGCCCUGAUCUGACUGAUGCACCUUUACCCAGUCCGGACGUCGAGUACUACACCGAUGGGAGCAGCUACGUCCAAGAUGGGCACCGCUACGCUGGAUACGCUGUCGUCACGCACCAAAGCACUGUUGAAGCACGACCACUGCCGCCAGGAACGUCUGCUCAGAAGGCCGAACUGAUCGCCCUCACUCGAGCUCUGGAAUUGGCGGAGGGAGUGACUGCCAACAUCUACACAGACUCCAAAUACGCUUUUCUGACUUUGCAUGCUCAUGGGGCACUCUACAAAGAAAAAGGACUUAUGAACUCGGCAGGAAAAGCUAUCAGGUACAGCGCUGAGAUUUUGAGGUUACUGGAGGCUGUAUGGGCUCCACGAAAGGUCUCUGUGAUGCACUGCCGGGCCCAUCAAAAACCCCUAAGCCCUGUAAGUAUAGGAAACCGAAAAGCAGAUGAAGCUGCAAAACAAGCUGCCAUGCAAGACGUAGACAGGAGUGAGGAGCUGGUGUGUCCCAUCUUCCAGGUCCCACUGGCUGAAUGGACCCCCAGAUAUAGUGCGGCCGAGGAAAGCUGGGCCACAGCCCAGGGCACCCCCCAGGUACGUGUGCAAGGAUGGAUUCAGUUGCCCGAUAAGCGUUUGUUCGUGCCUGAAGCCUUGGCCUGGCCCUUAGUGGUUCAGGCCCACGAGGGAACGCAUUUUGGGAAAACUGCCUUGGCUGAGCUAUUGGACAGGCAGCUGUACAUUCCGAAACUGCAUAGCUUAUGUGAAAAGGCAGCUCUCAGAUGUGUUCCCUGUGCACGUAACAACCCCAGACAAGGUCCCAGCCAUCCCCCGGGGAUCCAGCACACAGGGACUACCCCCUUUGAGUGUAUUAUUACAGAUUUCACUGAAAUGCCCAGGUCAGGAUGCUGGAAGUAUUUGCUUGUAUUUGUGUGUACCUAUUCCAACUGGAUAGAGGCCUUCCCCACCAGAACUGAAAAAGCGGCCGAGGUGGUAAAGCACUUGCUAAAAAGCAUUCUCCCAUUCUGGGGUCUUCCGGUGACUAUCGGAUCCGAUAACGGUCCAGCGUAUAUCCAUAAGGUGGUUCAAGAGGUAUCACGGGUAUUACAUAUUGAUUGGCGACUCCAUGCCGCAUAUAGGCCCCAGUCAUCAGGAAAAUGCGAGCGAGCUAACAGGUCAAUAAAAGCUCAAUUAUCAAAACUAUGCCAAGAAACAAGCUUAAAAUGGCCAGAUGCGUUGCCAAUCGCUCUGUUUAGGCUCCGAUGUUUGCCUAAGAAAGGUUUAAAACUCAGUCCUUAUGAAAUUGUUUUUGGGCGACCCCCUCCGAUUGUAAAGGGAAUAAAAGCCGACCCAGCACAGAUAGGGAACCUUGUGUGGUUUCAGGAGAUACAGUCAUUGGGAAAAGCAAUGAAUGCUGUGUCAAAAUAUGUCUUAGAAACUCUGCCCCUGCAGGUCCAUAAUCCGGUCCACCCGUUCCAGCCUGGCGAUACAGUGUGGGUCAAGGUCUGGAGAUCACAACCACUCCAGCCGAAGUGGAGAGGCCCGUUUACUGUUCUGCUCUCUACCCCAACUGCGAUAAAAGUCCAGGGGCUGCCCAGGUGGAUCCAUUGGACACAUGUAAAGCGAGCCGCUCCAGAUUGGCAGGUGCAGCCGGUUCCCGGAGAUGGACUAAAACUAAGAUUCUCUAGAACUUAA